AUGGCUCAGCCAACAUCACAUCGUGUGGCGUCAUGCUGUUACAAGUCGUUUGUGCGGGACCUCACGCGACAGCUACAGCCCAGGCGAUCGAUGGUCACGAUCCAACGGGGCCGCCCCGAGAAGAUCAAGCCACCUGAGGACCUGCCGGAUACUUUCUGGUCACAGCUCCCCAACAGACUACGCCCUGACCAUGGGAGACGCGAGAUCAUCAUUCAUCAAGCACCACCCGCCGAGCGAGAGCAAUGCAAAGAACCCCUCAAAGUUGUCGAUGCGGCAGAACUAGCAAGGCUAGAUCCAACAGGAGCUCGGUCAAAGCUGUUUGAUGCAGAGAACAGAGACAGAGCGAAGCCGGGCGAUAUUCUCCUCGCAACUUUCAAGGGCGGCGAGCCUUUCUCCGGCGUUAUUAUGUCGAUAAAAGGGUCCGGUCCUCACAAAGCAGUUCUUCUCAGGAACCACUUGACGUCUAUCGGGACUGAGAUGAGCAUCAAGGUUCACAGUCCAGGGGUCCAGAGCAUGGAGAUCGUGCAACGUGCACCGAAGAGGAAGAGGAGGGCCAAGCUGACCUAUUUGAGGAAGCCCAAGCACGAUGUUGGCAGUGUACAGAAGAUUGUGGAUCAGUAUAUGAGAGAGCGGGCAUUAUUGACCGGCAAGAAAGUGGCAAGUACAGGUUUCAAGAGGAAGAAGGGGAGGAGGUAA